AGAGUAGAAACAGUUCCCUACAGUAAGAUAGAUGGAUUUGUUACCACUUCCCUCUUCAUGAAUUUUUUUUUUCCUGCAUGGUCACAUAUUCUGGUUUUAUAAACAUUUUGAGAACCUAACCAUCUUUCUGGACACAAUUUGUUGGCAGAAGAUAGGCUUCGCUCCAAUAAAAAGAAAAUGAAGAUUUUUCAAGAGCAUUCAUAGGCUUCAAGUCGAGAGGACAGCACUUACUUCCUGAGCUCUGAGAAACCGUGUUCUGGGAGGAAGUAUUACUAGGACCCCAGCACCAUGGAUAUGUUAGGGGAAAAUGAGGCCCUGCAGCAGUUCUUCGAAGCUCAGGGGCCCAGUGACACUCUGGAGAACCCGGUGCUGGAUACAAGUCUGCUGGAGGAAUUCUUGGGCAAUGAUUUCGAUCUGGGGGCCUUGCAGCAGCAGCUCCCAGAUACUCCACCCUACUCGGCAUCAGACUCCUGUUCUCCUCCACAGACCAAAGGUGCAUGCUGCCCGGCCGUGAGACCCGCAGCCGGGAAGACUCCUGCUACUUUUCUCCACUCGGCAGCUGCUCCUGGGACGCUCCCUGCACACCUGCCACAGAGCUCGUGUGAAAUGAGGGGCUCUGCCCACAGCCACGGCAGCUUUCGCAACUGCUACCCAGACACCAGGCAUCUUACGACCCCCCCGGACCGAUGCGUGUCCUCCCAUCUGGGGAUAAGCCGUCCUUACCAUCAGCAGCCUCUGUGCCACAGCCCUGGAGCCUCAUUGCCACCAACCAAGAAGAGAAAGUGCACACAGACGCUGGAGGACUCCAGGGACUGUCACAUGUGGGCCCAUCACUCCAGACCAAUGACAAGUAGGAGUUUCAGCAGCGAAGUGCAAGACUACGACAGAGAGGGACAGAACAUGACGCCUGUCGACCAGUGUUCUCCUUCUCUGAAGUGGCAGCCAUACCAAAGCGUGCCUUGGCACAGUUUAUUCACUGGUCAUUAUGAGAAACUACCUGAUAUAGGCUAUCGAGUUAUCACAGACAAAGGAUUUAAUUUUUCACCAGCAGAUGAAGCUUUUGUUUGCCAAAAGAAGAACCAUUUUCAGAUAACCAUCCAUAUCCAAGUUCGGGGAAGUCCAAAAUUUGUCAAAACCCAAAUGGGCCUAAAGCCAAUAGAAAUGUUUUACUUGAAAACUUUUGGGGUUAAGGUAGAAGCCACCAAUCAAAUAAUUGCUAUUGAGCAAUCCCAAGCAGAUAGAAGCAAAAAGAUUUUCAAUCCUGUUAAAGUCGACUUGCUGGCCGACCAGGUCACCAAAGUGACCCUGGGUCGGUUGCACUUCACUGAGACAACAGCGAAUAACAUGAGGAAGAAGGGAAAACCAAAUCCUGACCAGAGAUACUUCAUGUUGGUGGUUGGAUUGUAUGCUGCUCACCAAGACCAGUUCUAUCUAUUGUCUGCCCAUAUCUCUGAACGGAUCAUUGUAAGGGCCUCUAACCCUGGGCAGUUUGAAAAUGACAGUGAUGCAUUAUGGCAGCGAGGGCAAGCUCCAGAAUCCGUUGUUUGUCAUGGUCGAGUGGGAAUAAAUACAGAUGCCCCGGAUGAAGCCCUGGUCGUCUGUGGCAACAUGAAAGUGAUGGGGACCAUUAUGCAUCCCUCUGACAGCCGAGCAAAGCAGAACAUCCAGGAGGUUGACACAAAUGAACAGCUAAGACGAAUAGCCCAAAUGAGGAUCGUUGAGUAUGACUACAAACCUGAAUUCGCAUCUUCAAUGGGAAUAAACACUUCCCAUCAAACAGGGAUGAUUGCCCAGGAGGUACGAGAGAUCCUGCCUCGAGCUGUCAGAGAGGUUGGUGAUGUCACCUGUGAAAAUGGAGAGACGCUGCCCAACUUCCUCAUGGUCGAUAAGGACCAGAUCUUUAUGGAAAAUGUGGGUGCAGUGAAGCAGCUCUGCAAACUAACCAACAACCUUGAAGAAAGGAUAGAAGAGUUAGAAAUAUGGAACAGAAAGCUGGCCAGGCUGAAGCGGCUCAGUAUUUGCAAGUCCUCAGCCAGCGAAGCAAGCUCCAUCAGCAAAUUUAGCAGAGCUGUUAGUGCAUCUUCUUCAAGAAGGGCCCUUCCCAAAAAAAACAAGGUUUAUUUUUCAGGAAAAAAACAGUUGUGUCCUAACUGGGUUUUCCAGACCUUGGUUAUAACUCUCAUUGCUGUGAUGGCAUUUUGUGCCUUGACGAUAGUCUCCCUGUACAUACUUAGCUUAAAAGAUCAAAAUCAACGUGCCCCAAGUCUCCCUCCGAGCAAUAUCACAAGCUCUCAGGAGCCCGCCCUGCCGCCCACAGCCUCUCCCACAGCACCCAAUACGUCCCUGGUGACCACACAGUCCUCCUUCCAAGUACCAGAAAUCACUUUCUGUGAGAUCCUGCCCUGUCAGGAGACUUACUGCUGCCCCAUCCAGGGAAAGAGAAGAGUCCCCUCCAGUCCUACGCGAAGGUGGUCUCAGGAGGAGGAAACCCAUCAGAGGCUGUGGGCAGAAGACAGAAGCUUGUCAUUCCUGGCAAGAGAUGCGCUAACCAGCCCUGACUGGGGGAGUGACUGGAUUGAUACAACCAUUAGUUCUAUUCAGAUCAUGGAAAUCCAGCAAGUAAUAGAUCAUCAGUAUUGUGGCGGAGGCCUCCAGUGCAGCGCUGGAAAUUACAAUUACAAUAUUCCUGUUAAUAAGCACACACCUACCAAUGUCAAAUUCUCUCUGGAAAUCAACACAACAGAGCCAUUGAUAGUCUUCCAGUGCAAAUUCACCCUUGGAAAUAUAUGUUUCCAUGGCAAAAGGGGAGCCAAAGGGAUACAAAGCCGCCAAGAAGUCUCCCAAGAGAUGACACAGGGCUAUCAGCACAUUUGGAGCCUCCCUGUGGCCCCAUUCUUUGACAGCAUGUACCAUUUCCGUGUAGCUGCGCCGGAUUUAGCGGACUGUUCAACGGAUCCUUAUUUUGCGGGGAUAUUCUUUACAGAUUACUUCUUUUACUUCUAUCGGCACUGUGUCUAAUUUAUUUGAGUUUGGUUGAGGACUUUGCCAAAGAAACAUACUCAGAAAUACGGUCAACAGAAACAUAGCCUCUUGCAAUUUCUUUCUUCUCUUUGAAAAACAUUCACAUUUAUUGCCAUAGGACUUUUUCAGGCUUUGGCUUCCAACAGUUUUGAGCCAUUAAUGAGGAGAAUAAAGUGUUGGCUGCAA